AUGGAUAGAAAGCCGUACGACACUAGAGACCUAAUUAAAUUAUUCCGCGCAAUAUAUCGAGAGAUCGAUCCCAAGCAGUCGGAUUAUUCUCCACCUAGCAGGAUCAUAAGGAAGAAACAGAAGAGACGCCAAAGCCGACCCCUCUUCCUUUUAAUAAACGACUAUACCUAUACGGACGCACGAACCAUCGGCAUCGGUGCCCGUACAGAUAACCCAAAAGAAGAUCCGGUUAAUAUAUAUUUCCUAACGCAGUCGCCACAAAUCAGUGCCGAAGUUUUCUUAAUACUGGACACUAGAGCUUCAAGGCAUAUCUAUAACGAUAAGAGUCGGUUCAUUAGCCUUGAACCGUACGAAAUAACUCUCGCAACCGGAGAUAGUAGCACAGAAGUCAUCAUACGUGGUACGGUCAAACUUAUUGGAAGAAACCCCAAAAUAGGCAAGAAGAGAGUAAUAUCCCUAAGUAAUAUACUCUAUUCACCAGGCUUCCACACCAACUUAUGCCAGAAAUCUAACUAUAUUAUUAACACCGACAACCGACCUAUAUAUGAAUCUCUGGCUUUUCGACGAACCAGAGGAAGUCGUAUAUCCCUAUACACACGCUAUACGAUUAUUAGAGAAGCCACUCGAAGCGAGGGCUUUAGCAAACCUCUGAUAUCGUUAUUUCGCCUACCAGUGGCGUAUAAUAGUCAUCGAUGGAUAUCGCACUUUGUUAUUAAAGAUAUCAGGUUUCACUGGAUAUCUACCCACGAGCUAAAGAGUUCAUAUCAGCUCGCGAUUAACCAGUUUGUCUAG